UAAAAUGAAAAAGUAUGUCCCACCCUACUAUAUAUCAACUUUUUCCGCAGCAUAUGUCCCGCCUUUAAUGUGGCUUGAAUGUAUUUCAAACAACUGCAAUCAUAACACUAUGUUUCCGCGUUCCUUUAGCUACUGGUGUAAAGUUACACAUGUCAUUGUCAUAUUACAGUUUGCGGUUUGCAUAUGCAGGAAACUAGUAAACGGUUACAAAGAUAGCAAUCUUCCCGUAUGUAGCUUUUGCACAUAGACUAACAAGACUCGCAUAACGGUUGAGUAGAAUAUUUAGCUGAGCAUGGAACUGCUAGUCAAUGUUUAACAAAAUUAUUAUCAAAUCGAGUGGACAAAGCAGAACUGCAAAGUCAGGAAUAGUUGUCGGCAACCUGGUUGCUUUGCUAUUUAGAUAACUGGUGUUGCAGUCUGUGGGUUAACUGCUUAGUAAGCCAAGUUGCUUGACUGUGUUUAAACUUGAAGCAUGGCGAACAAAGAAGCAUUGAGAAUUGCCAAACUUGGCACGACUUCGUUUUUCAAGAGACUUGGACCUAGAAAACCGUAUGCUGGCAAAGUAAAAGCAGUUAUUUUAGACUGGAGUGGAACUACUGCUGAUGCGCAUGUACUAGCACCAGCUGUUGUGUUCGCCAAGGUCUUUGAAAAACAUGGUGUUCCUAUAUCUAUGCGAGAGGCUCGGCUACCUAUGGGUCUAAGGAAAGAUCUUCAUAUUGGUAAAAUACUCGAAAUUGAAGAUGUAUCUAAAAGAUGGAAGCAAGCGAAAGGUUAUGCUCCCGAUCCAGAAGUAAACGGUAAAGAUGUACAAGCAAUGUUUAAGGACUUUGUACCAAUGCAACUUGAAGUACUUGACCAAUACACUACCCUGCUACCAGGCACCGCAGAUGCAAUUAACUAUUUAAAGAACAAUCAGAUCAAAAUUGGAUCUUCGACGGGUUUUACCAAGGUCAUGGUAGACGUACUUCUUGCUGCGGCUAAGAAACAAGGAUAUUCUCCUGACAGCUCAGUGGCAGGCGACGAGGUACCAAAUAACAUGGGAUUCAGACCAGCGCCGUUUAUGCUUUACCAAAACCUAAAUAAUUUGGGUGUUUGGCCGAUUGAAUCGGUUAUUAAGGUAUGAUAUUAUAUCUAACUUUAUUUUGUUGACAUUUUUUGACAUGAAUGGGCUACAUGACUAAAAGAGAUAUUCUGCCGAAAUGAAUGAAUGAAUAUAAGUUAUACUUUAUCCUCGCGUGGCCGGAAAACGACAGUAGUCAUAACACGGGUGUCAAUACACAUCAUGCCAGCUACUACGAGGAGCCAUGUAUAUAUAGUAGGGUGGGGAAGAU